AUGGCUCAGCUAGCAGAACCAGUCGAGCAAGUUCUGGCAGACCUGCCUGCAAAGUUUCGCGGUCCUGGUGGUGCUGUUGCCGUCGUCAAGGAUGGCGAGCUGCUCGGUGAAAAGGUCUGGGGCUUCGCCGACCUGCGAAAGGGCAUUCCCAUGGGCAACGACACUGUGAUUCCCAUUUGCUCCAUUUCCAAGCAAAUGACCUGCGGCCUGCUCACGGAUCUGCAACUAAACCCUACACCGGCCAUGGCUGCUCGUAGCGAGCCGGCGGCCGAGCAGCUUGCCAAUGAGCUCGCCAAAGUCCUUCCCAAAGAGAUGACCCAAGACACGGGUGUGACGCUGCAGCUGCUCUGCAAUAACCAGUCGGGACUACGCGACUACUGGGCACUCACUGUGCUUUGGGGUGCUGAACCUGAGAUGCCCUUUUCUAUUGAGCGUCAUGGUCCCCAGAUGCUACAGCGCCUCAAAUCCUUCCAAUUCGAGCCGGGCACGCAGUACUCGUACGCCAACACCAACUUUUACAUUCUGAGUCGUGUAAUGGAAAACGUCACUGGCCAGACCCUUUCGGAUCUGCUUAAUGAGAGGAUAUUUGCGCCCGCCGGUAUGAAGACAGCCUUUCUCUGCGCCGACACCUCCAAGCACCCACCCCCUUGUGUCGGCUACGAAGGCACAGAGACACUUGGCUUCUAUCCCGGCGACAACCGUAUUGAGUGGGCUGGUGAUGCUGGUAUUGUGGCUUCACUGUCUGACAUGGUCGCUUACGAAAAGUAUGUUGACAAAAAUCGUGAGAAUGACCAGAAUUGGUAUGGCCUCAACAGCAAGAAGCAGCAGUUCAAGGAUGGAUCUCCAUCUGAUUACGGCUAUGGUCUGAGCCAGCACACUAUUGGCGACGUUACUCUGGUUGGCCAUGGUGGCGCUCUGCGCGGCUACAGACUCACCAGAAUCUACGUCCCCAGGGCAAGACUAUCUGUCGUUGCUCUGCUGAAUGAGGAGCACGCCAAAGCCGGCACAGUGUGUGACCAUGUAGUUGAGCGACUUUUGGGAGUACAAGCCGUCAAAUUCAGCGGCGUGGAGCCCGCCUCGGCAUUCAUCGGCACCUACUUGGAUCCGGAAUCAGACUUGGCUGUCACUAUUGGCAAAGGAGAAGCAGAGGGCAAGUUAGCCUUUGGCUACUAUCGCUCUGCGGUGGACAUCACCCCUGUGGAGGCGAACAAGGCUGUUUCCAUCGAUGUCACCGCCCUCUUGGAUGGCGAUGUGCUGAAUAUUACCGUUCCCAAGGACAAUCGAAGAUUCCGCGCUCAUCGUGUGCCAGUUGCCAAGCCCAAUGCAAAGUACUCUGACUUGCACGGCAAAUUCGAAUGCGCGGAAAUCGAUUCCGUAUUCCAUUGCAGUGGCACUGAUGGCAUGUUGUAUGGCUCAUUCGAUGGCUUUCUUGGAAAAGGACCCAUCCAUCUGAUCCGGCCCCUCGCCGAAGAUGUUUUUGCACUUGCCUGUCCCAGAGCCAUGGACUCGUCCCCCCCUGGCGACUGGACUGUCGUGGCCCGCCGCGAUGACGGCGGCAGGAUUGUUCGGGUGACAAUCGGCUGCUGGCUGGCCCGAAAACUCGAAUAUGUCAGGGUUUAA